AUGCUGAGGGGACUUGUCUUUUCUAACAAUAGACUUCUACUAUUUAAAAACUCCAUGAUGCUUAAUAAAAUCAGUGGAAACAGCACCAAUAAGGACUUGCUGAUCAUAUUUUCAAGAAAAUUACAAACUACUUCCAAGGUUAAAGAACCAGCUGUUUCUUCUAUUGCUUCAAACACUUCUAAUACUUCUAAUCGAUUUGCAUUUAAUUUUAGUAAAAGUAACAAUGAUAAUAAAAAUAGUAAUAUGGACAACAUCGGUAAUGCAAACUCCAAUAAUAAUACUGGUAAGCAACUUAAAUUGUGGUCUAGUUAUUCGUUACCAUCGAAGGAGACUCUUUUAAGACAACAAGAAAAACAAAAAGAAAAACAACUUGCCAAACAAAAUGACAAGAGUCCCAUAAGUACUAGCAGUGUAACCAAGAAUAAAAAAUCAAAAAGAAGAUUAAGACCGUAUAAGAAUUUAAUUUCCUUAACGCCUAAUGCUAUAAAUCAUCUCAAGCAACUGUUAAACCAGCCAGAACCUAAGCUAAUAAGGAUAACUGUUAGAAAUAGGGGAUGUUCAGGCCUAACUUAUGAUUUAAAUUAUAUCACACAUCCUGGCAAAUUCGAUGAAGUUGUGGAACAAGAUGGUAUUAAGGUAAUUAUAGAUUCCAAAGCUUUGUUUAGCAUUGUUGGUAGCGAAAUGGAUUGGAUUGAUGAUAGAUUAUCUUCAAGGUUUGUGUUUAAAAAUCCAAAUUCAAAGGGAACUUGUGGUUGUGGAGAAAGUUUUAUGGUUUGA